UGUACAGGUACUUCACUGGACUCUAACACCUCUUGAUGCUGAGGUUCAACUCAUAAUCCGAGUUUCAUUCCCAUUAGCUGGUCCUGAUCAAUGCACAUUCAUGGAUAUUCGAAAAUCGUUACAUGGUUAUUUUAAUUCGGCAUACGAAUGGACACACGGUGUUCUACUUACCAGUGAUUUGGUUCGACUUCAUGUAGAACGUGUUCAAGCAACCGUAAUCGAAUUAGCAGCUCGAAUUUGCGUGGACGAAUUAGAAGAGGAACAAGUCGCAUCUCCUACGAAGCUGCUGUGGCCAUUUCUUGCGGUUGUGUUAAGAAACACUUUGGAUCAUCUUAAUAGACACGAAUACCUUCAGUAUACGCUCGAGCUGAUACCGUAUGGUACGUGUUUCUUCGAACCACCUCUUCAAGCACGAGUAUUCGAUCUAACAGUAUUCAUGGCUACUGCAAACGCGUAUGGUAAAGUGGCGUUUCGGUACCAGGAACAAGUGCAUGAAGUCAACCUUCAAAAGGUCUUACCAGAUGGUGCAUUCGCGAACCUCUCUCAAUUACUCGCUGUGGAACCACCGCGACCUCAGCGGCCUCAAGUAAAUAUCAUUGAUGAAUCGGCUAUUAAUCAAAGUACUGACAAUUCCGCUACCAAUACGACACAUUUGUCUGCUUCCCACAAUAAAGGACGACGAGUUUCUUUCGGUAAGUGA